UGGUGCGAAUAGACACGAUAAAUGUGUAGAUGGGCAUGAUUAUAUUCUAAGUGAUAAUACUGUGCCAACUACCCACAUUAAAAAGCGAUCAGAAUUUGAUUACCCUUGAAAAGUAACUUCACCGUCAAAUGAUCGAUGAGAGAAACGGUAGAAACAAUGUUUUACCGUCACGUUCACUAUAUAAAUCAAGGCGGCGACAAGUGCUUUUUCAUCAGCCAAAACAAACAAAACAAACAAAAAAGAGUCGAAGCUUUAUAGAGAGAGAGAGAUAGGAAAAAAUGGCGACGUCAGGAACAUACGUGACCGAGGUUCCGUUAAAAGGGACGGUGGAGAAACACUACAAGAAGUGGAGGAGCGAGAACCAUGCCUUCCCGGAAGCCAUAGGCCACCACAUCCAAAAUGUCAUCAUUCACGACGGCGAAUGGGACUCUCACGGGGCCAUCAAGACUUGGAACUACACAUGCGAUGGGAAGCCAGAGGUAUUCAAGGAAAGGAGAGAGAUAGACGAUGAGAAGAAAACGGUGACAUUUAGAGGACUUGAAGGUCACGUGAUGGAACAACUCAAGGUGUAUGACGUCAUCCUGGAGUUUAUCCCCAAGUCGGAGGAUGGUUGCGUCUGCAAAAUUACUAUGAUAUGGGAGAAGCGUAACGAUGAGUUCCCCGAACCAAGCAACUACAUGAAAUUCGUCAAGAGCAUGGUUGCUGACAUGGACGACCAUGUUCUCAAAGCUUAAUCAUCAUCAUCAUCAUCAUCAUCGUCGUCACAAUCCACCAUAACCACAUCACCGUCACCAUGAUCAAUAUCAUCUCCAUUACGAAAUACUUAUUAAUAUGCUUUUCAAUACAAUAAAUGGGGUCUUGUGGAGUUUAUUUCUUUGUAAGAUCACGCUUUGAUAUGUUCAGGUGGUC